AUGAGAGUUUGGGCAUGGGUGAUAUCAAUGGUGGCAGUGCACAAAAUAUGUGCAAAUAUGGAGAUGCCUGCCAUAGAAAAAGUUCUAAACAGCAGAUUUGGAGAAAACAGCAUGAUAAUGGUCCAUCCAGAGGGGCCGCUCAGUCCAUUAAAUGCGUACAUAUCACGCAAAUGCAACUUUAUGUACAACAAGAGGUUCUUUUCUCCAGAAAUAGAGACAAACUAUGAAUUAUCCAUGGAAAAGGACCCAGAGAUGAAUAGACCCAAAUAUAUCAGAACCAGAAGAUUUAAUAAGGAUAAAGUGCAUGUGAACGCAGGUAUAAAAAAUAAAAAGUUGACUGCAGCCCAGGAGUACCACGCAGUUCUUCUAAAGCUGUUUCCCUCACCAAUAGGGGACUUGACCAUACACACAAGCAUAAACAACUCAUUUAUCACAUUCCUCAGCGAUCAAAAAGUCAGCCAGCAUGCGCACAAGAUCCUUGCAGCUCUUCUCCUGAUGACUGAAGGAAUAGAUGUCCCGCUGUCUCUGUCUGGCACAAAGGGAAAUAAGAAGCUAACCCUGAAAAGUGCAAAAAACAGUACAGUCCACUUCUGCCUUGACAUGCACGUGCCUCGCAUGGUAGCCAUAGAGAAGGAUAAAAUAGAGAAGACAGAGGUGUACCAGAGCGAAGCUGUGUUUAUUAUUGAGUACUUCAAAAAAAACAAGCCAGAACUGCCCUUACCAGAAGGCGAUGCACCCGUUGUGUAUGAUGACUUUAAAAAAGGAGAGUUUUUAAACAGCCCAAAAUGGCUGCUGCAGUCCUACGUAUUUGAGUACAUAAGUGGCCAUGAAGAUGCACUUUCUUUUGCAAAUACCGUGCACGACAUGCUAUUUGAGUUUAUGAGCAGCGAAGCAUAUGGGGAUACAGAGCACAGCAGCAUUAAAAAAAUAUUCUACGAGUAUUUUGCACUGCAUAGUGAAGUCUCACAGAGGUUUGACUACUUAAGCAUUAUUAAAAAAGUGCAGAGCACUGAUCUAAAGUAUAAAGUAUUUCCAUUUGCAGGAGAUACAUAUGUGCCUUCCUACCAAAGCACCCCUGUGUACGACCGAGAGAAAGGUAGUUUUACCAUGCAGCAAUUCAGUAACUGCGUAGAAGCGAGCGCAUUUGGGCUUCUCUGCUGUCUGGCAUACGACCCAGAUACAAAAAAGUACAGCACAGAGCAUAUGCCUGGUGCGACUAAGAAUUUAGUAAACUUUUUCAAAAAGUAUGAAAGCACGCAUGAGCCAAUUAACCAGAUUGUUUAUAAGGAAUGGAGCAAAGUAGUGUCUGGUUUGGAGGGCGAGCAGAUUAAGUAUAUGCGUGAGAAUAAAAACGAGCUUGCAUCUGGCAUACUUAAUGUAUUGUGCCUGGUCGCAACUAUAACGGGCGUGUACGAAACAGAAAAACACAGACUUCAGGAGUUUAUAGAAGCAGUCAAUAACAAGGUCUGCAAAAAAGGCAUAUACGCUGAGAUUCAGGAAUAUGCAGAAUAUCUGUUCAGGUCGCUAUCCGUGCGAGUGGGAGAAGAAGAGGAUUCUCCUAUGCACAAUAGUGUUUGGUCAUGCUUAGCCACAGGUCCUCCAAAUUCAAAAAACAGAAGUAUAGAGGUAGAGCUGAAAAACAUCAAAGUGGGUUCCUGCUUAGAGGGAAAGAAAGACCUAUUUGGAAAUAUUUUUAUAACGUAUAAAAAAGAUGAAUUAAGAGGGGGCAUGGUCAUGGCGUGCCUGCCUAAGCACAUGGGACUAGUGCCCAUUCCAAGCAUAGACAGCAAUUUAACAUAUUUUUCAAACAAAUUAACCAGACUCUUGUGGAAGGUUACUCUCAAUAGAAAAACCACAUUUACAUCCUGUCUGGUAAGAUACUAUAUAGAACAAACAAAAAGAAAAUGCCUGUAUGAACACCAGAAAUUAAAGGAAAUUCAGAAGAUUAUAGUGCAGAUAGAGCCACUCAGCUUCAUUGGAAUAGAAAGGCUUCUUCUUCUUGAUAUAUACCAGACAAUUGAGAACAAGAAGAGUCUAGUAUUCUAUAUAGCUAUGCACACAAUGGGCAAGAAGUUAAACUCAGAUGACCUGGAAAUUCGGCUCAUAUCCAAUAUAUUGGCGAGUGUGCCGCUUGAUGACCAGCAGACCUUAAGUAGCUUUAUGUCCUGUUUUAUAACAUCCGGGGUACAGACUAAUCUUGUCCUAAAACUAUUCCCAGAAAAAAAGAUGCCUGUAGUAUAUAACUACGAUCCACAAAAACUGUCAGACGCAUUUGUGUAUUGCAUAAAGCACAUGAAUUCUCCAAAUGCUCUUGUGCAGCUCAUAAGAAAAACCAUGGAUCUUGGGAAAAUGAGCCUGAGCUGCUGCUUCCCACAGAUUCUAAAGAAUGACCUUUCCUUAAAGAAAAAAAUUCAGCUGCUUUCCUGCCUAACAGAGAAUGGAAGGACUAUCCAGCACUUAGUCACUAUUGCAGAGAUUUUAAAGGACUUGGAUAAAAAGGGUAGAUCUAUAGGGCACAUGGAUCUAAAGGCUAAUGAUGCAUGGGCACUUUGGAUUAGCAUAGCAUGCCAAAAGGAAAGACUGCGAGGCAUUAUACCAAAAUGCUUUGAUGCAAUGGUAUACACAGAGGGAACUAUUGUGACCUCUUAUCUUAUAGAGGUAGGCAGAAGUUAUAGAAAAUUCAAUCAGAAGGUACUUUCUGUCAUGGAUUCAAUGAAAAGUGAUCUGUGCAGAACACAUGAAGAUAAGAUAAAGUAUGAGCUGCUUAUGGAUAUAUAUAGAUCAAGACAGAACAACUAUGCUUGCAAGAUAGUUAGAACCCGGGUUAUACCAUAG